UCCGUGAGCGGCGGCGGCGGCGGCGGCGGCUCGUGAGUCCCGGUCCCUCCCAGCGCGGCCUCCCCGCCCCGCCCGGCCCGGCCCGGCCCGGCGGCCCCGGCAGGAGAACCCAGCUGCCAAGGCUGUCGUGUUAUGACGACCCCCAACAAAGGAAACAAGGCCUUGAAGGUGAAGAGGGAGCCAGGCGAGAAUGGGACCAGCUUGACAGACGAGGAGCUGGUGACCAUGUCUGUGCGAGAGCUGAACCAGCACCUGCGGGGCCUGUCCAAGGAGGAGAUCAUCCAGCUGAAGCAGCGCCGGCGCACGCUGAAGAACCGGGGCUACGCCGCCAGCUGCAGAGUGAAGCGCGUCACCCAGAAGGAGGAACUGGAGAAGCAGAAGGCAGAGCUGCAGCAAGAAGUGGAGAAGCUGGCCUCAGAGAACGCCAGCAUGAAAAUGGAACUUGAUGCUCUCCGCUCCAAAUACGAGGCCCUCCAGAACUUCGCCCGAACCGUGGCCCGGAGCCCCGUGACCCCUGCACGGGGGCCUCUCGCCUCCAGUAUGGGGCCCCUCGUCCCUGGCAAGGUGGCUACCACCAGUGUCAUCACAAUAGUGAAAUCCAAAACGGACGCCCGGUCUUAGUGAAGCGAGCGUUGCCUGAGCUUGUCUGUGCAGGGCAGUUAGGCACAAAACCAGCCUGGAAUCCCUAAAGCACAAGCCCUCCCCACAUGGGUCCGGGUUCCUUUGACUUGGCCCAGGACUGGCCUGCUGAUCGCUCCAGUUUAUUUUGUUGUGUCCAGAUUGGUAUGAGCAGUGGUGAUGCAUCCCUUGUCCUGUGCAGACAGAGCUUCCCACCCAGCAGUCUGUAGCCCUCGGGUGCCCUGGGGACAGGCUGUGAGAUUUUGGUUUUCUACCCAAAGAAAAUCUGUGCAGCGUGGCUGAGAGAAGGGUGGAGGAGUGGCCCGAGGAAAGCUUUCUUCCUGGGGGCUGGGAACCCUAAUUUUCGGUCACUUCCAAAGGCUUUAUUUCAUGACUCUUCCAGGUGGUGCAUCUCAGCGCCUGAACCUGCUGCUUUUGUCUCCCUUGGUACCUGUAGUUACAGUUGGGGUGUUCUGUGUCCUAGGUUUUAUUCCUUUCUAGGUGUGCCUCUGUGCCCUAGCCGUGGGUGUCCCUCAGGCCGUGCCGUUGGCUGUGUGAGCUGGCAGUGCUGGGGGACGGCGCUGCCGUGUCUGGAGCCCCCGCAGGGAAGGAAGGAAGGAGGCAGCAGCGGGACGGUGUGGACUGCAGGCCGGUUUUGUGCCUAAUGUGUUGCACUGAACAAGACCAAAAUCACUAGUUGUUCCCGUGUUUCGAGGGUAUCAAGUGUCUCUAGUGUGAUGGUUUACACAACCAGUUUAUGUGGUUAAAUAGCCCUUUAUUUAAAGAGAGAAACAUCAUUUUAAGAAUUAUUAAAUUAUCUAAGUUUAAAAUUGGACAGAAGAGAGAGCGUAUUUAUAGUCAGCUUUUUUACCUGAGAAGGUGAGAAUAUUUGACCAUAUGAGUGGGGAAAUAUUCUCAGAGACUUUGCUAGUUAAAAGUUAAUAAAUAAAUAAUUUUAAAGUUUCUCAUGAACCUCCCGCAAACUGUUUGUGGCUCUGAGGUUAGUUUUUAUAAAGAGUUAUCAGACUUUAUUUAUAAAACUUAGAAAAAGACAAAAAAAGAGGCAAGUCCUGUUUGAUAUCUUUUUGCAAUUGUACCAAAAGUGACUUAUUCUUGACCUGGCUAGUUUCUGUGGUGUCCCCUGGUGUUGGGCGCUCUCUCCCCGAGCUCUCGUGCAGCGCUGUGGUGUGCUGGUGCCUUUGCCAUGUGCUGUCAUUUCACACUGUUGUCGUUUUCCCUAAACUCGACUGAGAGAGUGAGUUGGAAUCUCUCUGAAUUCUCCAGAAGGGUUCUGGUGCACAGGCGAAGGUGCUGCUGUUUUUGGGGACAGGAAUGGCUGGCUGGUGCCACGAGGCCUGCCCCGAGGCGUGGGGGCAGCACAGGCAGCUCCUGCUCAGCAGCCAGUGCCAGGCUAGCUCGGUUAUCUGGAGAGGAAGAAUGCUGCACUCUUCUUGUGCAGCAAACCUGUCAGAGAAGUAA